AUGGCCGUCGAACUCAAGCAGAAAGAAAUUGUCCCAUGGCACGACUUUGUCGCCGGAAGUCUGGGAGGAAUGGCUCAAGUGACAGUUGGACAGCCCAUGGAUACCAUCAAGACCCGUCUGCAGAUUGAGGGACCCAACGGUCGGUUCGUUGGACCCAUGGACUGCCUCCGCAAGACUAUCAGGAACGAAGGCUUCCUCGGACUCUACAAGGGCAUGGCUAGUCCAUUGGUCGGAGUCGCUGCUGUGAAUGCAUUGUUGUUUGCUGCCUACUCCAACUUGAAGAAGAUUCAGGAGCCCUACCCUGGUGGACCAUUAACUCUCACCCAGAUUGGAAUUGCGGGAGCUGGAGCAGGUAUUGUGAAUGCGGCGCUUGCUUCGCCUGUCGAGUUACUCAAGAUCAAGAUGCAGGCACAAUACGGCGCAGGAUCCACAGUCCGCUUCUCGGGUCCCGUCGACUGUGCCCGUCAAUUAAUCAAGGAGCACGGUAUCAGACAUGGAUUGAUGCGUGGAUACUGGAUCACAGUCAUCAGGGAGAUCCCUGGUUAUGCUGGAUUCUAUGCUGGAUUCGAGGGCAUGAAGAGAUACUUGACCCCUGCCGGUGAAAACCCUGCCACCUACCCUCACGGUCUCCUCACCCUCAUGGCCUCGGGUGCCUCUGGUGGAGUUUCCUACUGGUUCGCCUGCUAUCCCUUGGACAUGCUGAAGUCUAUGAUCCAAAACCAGAACAACCCACCUAAGGGACCAUUCUACAUUGUUGAUGCAGCUAAGCAGGUGUACCGCGUGGGUGGCAUCAAGCCCUUCUUCCGCGGCUUCUCGCCCACCAUUAUCCGCGCUGUUCCUGCCGCUGCAGCAACCUUUACGACCUACGAGCUAGUGAUGCGGGCGUUAUCAGAAGUGUAA